CCUUUGGUACCAAAAGAGGGGGAAAAAAAUUAAAGGUUGGAAGGAAAUAUCUGUUUGAGAAGAUAGGAAAAGGAAAUUUGAGAAUUGAUUGGUGCUAGUGUGCUGUAAGUGGGUGGAUGGCUUUUUUUCCCUUCUUUUUUUUUUUUGCUACAGGAAGUGAUUUGCAGUGUUCACUGAGCCUUUUGUUGAAAAGGGUCCUUCUCAUUUGUGUGAGUCAUGCUUUUGCUGUGAGCGAGUUGGCAGCUCUAAGCAGGACUGGGAUCUCUGUCAUAGAAAACUAUUACUUCACCCAACCUUAACGUGGAACCAUAAGAAAUAUCUUAGAAAUAUAUGUAUUUUUGUUCUUCCUUAUAUUCUUUGAUUUUUUUACCCCAAAAUCUCGUUGUCCGUCCGUGUUGUUAUGAAUCGCCUGCUAUGUUAGCACAGGCAUCUCCUGCGCUGGCAUCAGAUUUGCCAGAACAUAUGCAGGAAACCAGAUAGAAGGGCAUGCUUCAACGUACCAAGUAUAACCGCUUCAGGAAUGAUUCGGUGACAUCAGUUGAUGAUCUUAUUCACAAUUUGUCCAUGAACAGCAAGGUCUCAGCAGUUGCUACGACUUCAACGGCACCUUCCUACCUGGUCUCGCCAGAGGUUCUCCGCAAGGACCAAGAAGAUGGACCCACCACCCUGUGCACCCUCAUCCAUAAAGUGUCCCACUUGAAACUCUCUAACACAGGCAGCCUUUUGGGUAUCAAAAACCUCUCCUCUGCAGUAAAGGAGCUUGCUGUCUCCAAGUUGCAGGGAAGCUUGAGUGCUUCUAGCUCGGCAGCAGGGGCUUCAGACAACACAUGUAACCUUGUCUCUGCCACUUCGUGUUCUCAGCAGGACGUGAGCAAGAUGAGUAUGGGGAAAAAAACACGGUCAGAGGAGAUGCACCCAGGAGGUGAAGACUGGAAUCAAAGUAGCAGCUUUGUCAAUAAACCCUCUCGAGGAUGGCUGCACUCGAGUGAGAAGAUCCUGGGACCUGGUGUGACGUACAUUGUGAAGUACUUGGGGUGUAUAGAAGUCUUACGUUCAAUGAGAUCUCUUGACUUCAAUACUAGAACACAGAUUACAAGGGAAGCAAUCAGUCGUGUUUGUGAAGCCGUGCCUGGUGCCAAAGGAGCCUUCAAGAAACGAAAGCCACCAAGUAAAGCUCUUUCUAGCAUCUUGGGAAAGAGCAAUCUUCAGUUCGCAGGAAUGAGCAUAAUGCUGAAUAUCUCCACCACCAGUUUAAAUCUCAUGACGCCUGAUACGAAACAGAUCAUAGCAAAUCACCAUAUGCAAUCUAUUUCCUUUGCAUCUGGAGGUGAUCCGGAUACUACUGAUUAUGUUGCAUAUGUAGCUAAGGACCCUGUUAAUCGGCGAGCUUGCCAUAUCCUGGAGUGUUGUGAUGGCCUGGCGCAGGAUGUCAUCAGCACCAUAGGGCAAGCCUUUGAGCUUCGAUUUAAGCAAUAUUUACGAUGUCCCUCUAAGAUGCCUACUUUCCAUGACAGGAUGCAGAGUUUUGAUGAGCCGUGGAUGGAGGAAGAGGGAGACGCAGCAGAACAUCCCUAUUACAACAACAUCCCCAAUAAAAUGCCCCCUCCGGGCGGCUUCAUUGAUGCCAGGCUCAAAGCGAGGCUUCCCACUGCUGCGGAUGCAGCUCAGUCUGCAGCAGGAGUGGGAAGAGAGCAAACCUAUUAUCAGAGUCGGCACCUAGGAGACAAAUUUAGUGAAGACUGGCAUCAUGGGCCUGUUAAACAAGGAUCUUUGGAUAUUUAUAGCAUGCCAGAAGGGAAAUCACAAGUAACCCCGACAGCAGAGAUGCCAACAUAUGUGAACACCCAACAUAUAAAUAUGGAAGCUCUAUUGGCACUUCAGCCAGAUGCUGAAAGUACCUUCAUUGGAACAACAGAUAAUACCAAAGAGAGCAGCCCAGGAAAGGAUCUAUUUGACAUGAAACCAUUUGAAGAUGCUCUCAAAAACCAAACGUCUGAGCCCAUGUUGAAUAAGACCACCUCCAUUGAAUGUACCAGUCCUCUUUUAUCCAGAGCAGCAGACUGGACUAUAAUGGAGGAGCUGAGUACCGAGCCUUGGUAUCAAGGAGAGAUGAGCAGGAAAGAAGCAGAACAGCUGCUAAAGAAAUGUGGAGACUUCCUUGUGAGGAAAAGUACCACGAAUCCGGGCUCUUAUGUGUUGACUGGCAUGCAUAAUGGACAAGCCAAGCAUCUUCUUUUGGUGGAUCCAGAAGGAACUGUUCGUACAAAAGAUCGUGUCUUUGACAGCAUAAGUCAUCUCAUCAACCAUCACCUUGAGAAUAAUUUGCCAAUAGUUUCUUCUGGGAGUGAACUCUGCCUGCAGCAGCCUGCUGAGAGGAAACACUGACUCUAGAUAACUCUUUUAGCUUUUGUAACUUGCAAGCUAUCACUGGUGGAUAUUGCAGAUCUGAAAACAUGUACAUUAACAACCAAAAAAAAGCAUAUUCAUAUAUAUUUCAUCAGUACGUUUUCU